AUGCCGAUCAUAUCUUUAGGAUUUCGAGUUGAUGCAUCGCCACAUGAUUUAAAUCCUCUUACACAUAUAGUUUCCGAAUAUGUGCUCAUUGUCCCAGAUUCCACUCGUGUAUCACGACGUGUACUACAACAAGUGGUAGCGGCUGCUACGGCUUUUCCUUCUCAGGCUAUUGCUGUAGAAGGUAAAUUUGGGGCUGGACGAAGCGUGCUAAAAUCUCCAGCAGCAAAACAGAAGGCAUCAAGACACAUGAGGGAUUACAGAAUAGCUUUAUACAAAAAUCUUGGAGUUAAGACAGUUAUUAGAGAAGACAAUAGAAUUCAAUGGUUUGGGUGCAAAAAGGAGACACAGCGUUGCUUUCCACCAGUGCAAGGCACACCCUCAUAUAUUCUUUCCGGACGGAAUACUCCACCUUGUUGCCGAAAGAAUAUUCGCCGAACAGUUGCUCAUGUGUUACAUACCUUACUUCACGCAGGUGUUAGAUGUUGGCUGGAAACUACUUCCUUGUUGGGUGCUGUCAUUCGAGGAGAUCUACUACCAUGGGCAGAAUAUGCUGAAAUAGGCAUCCAUGCUUCAGAUGUGACCCGUGUCUCGUGGAUUCAAAGAGGUGGUGCCGAUCCUGAUGGAUUCAUUUGGGAGAGAGCUACUAAAGGACACUAUUACAGAGUUGCUUAUUCUGCUUCUAAUAGAAUUUAUGUCCUGGUAUUGCCUUUUGUAGCAAAAAAUGGAACAAUGCGACCUGCCGAUUGGGUAAAGGCCCAUCAAAAAGAAUUUCCUGAGAGACAUCUGCAUCCAUUGGCUCAGAUACAGUUUGGGGGUCGUCAAGCUCCGGCACCUAAUGAUGCUCGGGCAUUUUUGGACUUGAAACUUGGCAAUUCUGCAGUUGAGAGAUGUUACAAAAUAGGACCCAAAUUACUUUACCCA